AUGAGCCGAUUCAAAUAUGAAGAUGACCCUUUUUUGGGGUUAAAUGAAGAAUUAAUACUUGAUAUUCUGUAUCGACUGCCUGUAAAAUCAUUAGGACAAUGCAAACUAGUAUGCAAAUCAUGGCUUACCCUCAUCUCAGACCCUGAAUUUGCAAGAUCACAUCUCGAUUAUUCGAACAGUAUUAAUCAACCCCUGACCCUCAUUGUUCAAAAAUUCAAUACCCUUUCCACCCUGAAGUUUUCUGAUCCGAACAAUAUUACUGAGGGUGUAACCUCAGACAUGUUGAACAAUCGAUUCCUCGAUAGCUUUGUAUCCAGUUAUUAUUAUUGUUUCAUUGUCGGGUCAAAUGAUGGCCUAAUAUGUGUUUAUAUGAAAGAGAUGGAGAGGGGUAGACGCGGUCAAGAUUCAUUGCAUCUUUGGAAUCCUUGCACCACUAAAGCAAGGGAGAUCUCAUUGCCUGUUAAAAGGGGGUCAUUUUUUGUUCAUAUAGACUCAAGUUGGUUUGGUCGUGUUCCCUCUGAUGACUACAAAAUCUUCUUAGUGUAUUCGGAGUAUAGGCCCUAUCCCUAUGAAAAGGGCAUCUAUUUAUACUCUUUAAGGGCUGGUAGAUGGAGAAGAAUACAUGUCUCUGAUGAUGAGGAUUUGGGGUUAAUCUCGGAUGCUCAUUCUGUUUUCUUUAAAGACGCAUUGCACUAUCUUGUAUGUCGCGAAUGGAUAGUUAUAUUUGAUUUAGCAGCAGAGACCUUUAAGAAGGUUCCCUUCUCAAUUAAACCUGAUCAAGUACCAAAACAUGAUAAGCUUUUGCUUGGUGUCAUUGGAAAAUAUCACCGCCUAUGUGCUAUGUUUUUAAAUCGCUUUGAGGAACAGAUGUUCGAGCUUUGGACCCUGGAGGAGUAUGAUAAUUGGGAUUCUUGGAAAAAGCUGUAUCGAAUUGACCUGAGGAAGUAA